AUGAACGAACAUAUUAAGUAUGCUGGGCAAAAACAUUGGAGCAUAGACGGGCUGAACAGCUUGACCACGGAUCAGAUGGCCCUGCUGCUGUAUAACCCAGAUAAAGUGACGGUCGAACCCUCACUUGAAGAUCAUUUGAGGAAUGAAUACAUUGGGGCAAAAAGCCAAGACUUUGCGGACGGCCUGUUAACGGCAGCUAAAUUGUACGGGAUCAAUCCAAGCAUAUUCGAGGGACUGGUCGAAUGGGUCCCGGAAGAUCAUGAACCGGCAGCAGAUCCCGACCAGGAA